AUGGAAGCCAACCUUACGGAAAACAAACUCAAAUACUACCGAUUCCCAGGUUACACCGUAUAUCUCCUACCUAAAUACCAGCAAGUGGCAAGAGGAAUUCGACUGAAGUAUAAGAAAGCCCACAUCACAAUGCGAGCUAAUCAAGAGUGUGAACACCUCAAACAAAACUGCGGUAUUUGGAGACUUCAACGCUAUAAGAACAUCAACACAGCUGGGAAGGAAAAAGAUGACAUGCUUAACAACAGCGAUCUAGAACUUAUUUACAGUGAUGAGGAUUCUGCUAUAUACCUGCACCACAAUGGAACCAGUACAACCCUUGGCUUACUCUUAGCUUCAAGCAACUUCAGCGAGCAUACACGCAACUUGCUCCUGGCUUCAAGCGACAUCACUUCAAGCAACUUCAGCGAGCAUACACGCAGCAAAAUAAUUGACUAUCCUGGUUCUGGUCACAAACCAGUCAUUGCUCGUAUUAGCAUCGGCAACAAAAGCGUAACACCGAAAAUGCCAACCAAGCGACCAUCGAACUUCAAGAUGGCCGACCGGCCUAGAUUUACUAACCUUUUAUAA